GAAAACUCUUCGGUGCGAUUUCAUCAGUCCACGUCAUGCAAACGUUGGUCUUCAUAAGCCUCCUCGGAUCUUUCGUGGAGGGUAGCAUUUUAGAUGAAAAAAUUUUGGAAUCAGUGGCUAGUGGUGCAGUACAGCUGACCCUCGACGGCUCCGGGGAACUGGAGUCGGUUCGGGUGGCCCCUGCUGCAGAGAGCGAGAAACCCUUUUGGAAGAAGUCGCCCAAGUACGACGAGGAUGUCGAAAAGACAUUGGAAGCAGCGAACCUCACCAAAGACGAAAGAUCCGAGGUGGAGAAGAACUUAGAUGAACUCUUGAACCGCACCAACGUCUCCGCAUUGGCAGAGGCCUUCGUCAGGGCUUCCUUGGUGCAAUCGGAGAACCACACGGUGGCGCUUAGAAAUAGAUCUGGCUCCGUGACCGUGAAGGGCACGGACCCAAAGUUGAAGGUGCUCAAUGACCAGCAUGACAACCUGACACGGAUGAUGCAUGGCCAGGCGGAUGUGGUGGCUCAUACCUCUGCGAACCUGGCCAAGAACAACGAGGAGAUGGACAAACAGGAGAUGGAAGUGGCACAUGCUGGGGACUUGUACAACAAGGCCCAUGGCGAUUCUCUGCGAGCUGAAAAGGCUUUGAAGGAUCACCUCGUCGCCCUGGCGAUUGCCAAGAAACGUCGAGACGAUCUGAAGCGAAAAGCCGAUGAGGCACGACGAGUCUUAGAGCAAGUUGGACCGCAGUACAACGCUGCCCAGUACCACUUGGAUAUCCUCAUGUCAAGGACUCCGGGACUGAAGGAUCAUGCCAAGUCCAAGCUCAGCGAUGAAGAUAAGAUGGAAGACUUGUUGGAGGCAGAGGAAAAGAAAAAGAAGGACAUGCAGGCGAAAUCUGCGGGCGAUGAUGCAGCGCUGCAGGCGGCAAUCGCCAAGCUCAAUGGCCUGAACGGCGAUUUGAAGCGCAUCGAGGACAAAAUCGAGCACUGGAAUGGAGCACGGCACUGUGCAGUGGCCGCUCUGCCCUUGCUCUCGGUGCUCACUUUGAUGACCUCAGGAUGGUAACAAGUGGAAGCGGCGGUGGAUUUUUUCGGAGGAAUUGCGGUGUAAA